ACGCACACGAUCAUCUGGUAGGAUCGAUUCGCUCGCUUGUUCAAAUCCCUGCUGCUGCUUGCUUCAAACCCUUUUCUUCUGAUAUCACUGCCCUGCAUAUGCUUUGGUCUUCCUUUCAAUCGAUAUUUUCUUCUGUGAUUAGGAUUGAUAAACUAAUAGGGCUUCUCGAGCCGCCACCUCCUCUUCCCAGGCCGGACCUACAGUGAGGCCCAAGAGGCGGUUGUCUCAGGGCCCAAAAUUCUGUUAUUUUUAGGGGCCCAUAAAUCUGGAAGCCCUUCUCCCUCUAGCUCGCUCCGUCGCUCGGCGUAUCAGAAGCCGCCCGCGAGAAGCAGCAACGCCGUCACCACCAUGGUGCUGUGAAGCUUUUUGUGUUCGGAGACUCCUUCGCUGACACUGGCAACUGUCCCAAACCAUCCGCCGCCUCCUGGAAAGAACCAUACGGAUUCGCUUUUCCCGGCACACCGGUCGGCCGCUUCUCCAACGGUCGUGUUCUCACUGAUUACAUUGUUAUCAUGGCGAUAGACAGCGGUAGCCAGGACCAAUCACACAAGUCCCACCGUUCUCGCCAUUCCGGUCCUUCCUCGGACAAGAAGAAGAAGAAGGCGGCUAAAUCCGACCAAGACCGCCAGCAGCAGCACAACCCCAAGGCUUUUGCUUUUAGUUCGUCAGUGAAAGCCAAACGCUUGCAAUCUCGGGCUUCAGAGAAAGAGCAGCGCAGGCUUCAUGUUCCCACCAUUGACCGUUCCACUGGAGAACCUGCACCUUAUGUCGUGGUUGUGCAGGGCCCUCCUGAGGUCGGGAAGUCUCUUCUUAUAAAAUGUCUUGUUAAACAUUAUACUAAACAUAAUCUACCAGAUGUUCGAGGACCCCUUACUGUUGUGUCAGGGAAGCAAAGGCGGAUACAAUUUGUGGAGUGCCCGAAUGAUAUAAAUGGCAUGAUUGAUGCUGCGAAGUUUGCUGAUCUGGCACUGCUUCUCAUAAAUGCAAGUUCUGGUUUUGAAAUGGAAACUUUCGAGUUCCUUAAUAUUUUGCAAGUUCAUGGAUUCCCUAAAAUUAUGGGAGUUCUUACACACCUUGAUAAGUUCAAAGAUGUAAAGAAACUUAAGAAAACAAAGCAGCGCCUCAAGCAUCGAUUCUGGACUGAAAUAUAUGAUGGAGCUAAACUAUUCUAUUUAUCUGGUCUUAUUCAUGGGAAGUAUCAUAAACGCGAGGUUCACAAUCUUGCAAGGUUCAUUUCUGUUAUGAAGUUUCAUCAUUUGUCAUGGCGAGUUUCCCAUCCAUACAUCUUGGUAGACCGUUUCGAAGAUAUCACACCCCCAGAAAGGGUGCAUGUGGACAAUAAGUGUGAUAGAAAUGUGACAUUAUAUGGCUACUUACGAGGCUGUAAUUUGAAGAAAGGAACUAAGGUGCAUAUUGCUGGUGUUGGUGAUUACAAUUUAGCUGGCAUUACAAGCUUAGCUGAUCCUUGCCCUUUGCCUUCGGCUGCCAAGAAAAAGGGUCUGCGGGACAAGGAGAAGCUGUUUUAUGCACCCAUGUCUGGACUUGGGGAUCUUCUUUAUGACAAGGAUGCUGUCUACAUAAAUAUAAAUGACCACUUUGUGCAGUUCUCUAAAGUUGAUGAAGAAAAUGGUGAAGUAACAAACAAAGGAAAGGGCCGUGAUGCUGGUGAGGUUAUAGUGAAAUCCCUUCAAAACAAAAAAUAUUCCGUUGAUGAGAUGUUGGAAAAGAGCUUCAUUUCUCUUUUUGGAAAAAAGGCCAAUAGCAUAUCGGAAUCUUCAAUCAAUCGGAAGGAUGCUCAGGAAUCUGUUAAUCCAAUGAGCAGUGUAGAGCCAUAUCAAUCUGGAGAAGAUCUUGAAACUGAUGAUUCUGCUGAGGAAAGUGAUACUGAUGGUUUAGAAAAUUCUGAAAUUUCAGAUGAAGAUAAUGCUUCUGAUGAAGAAAAUAAUACUACAUUGGAUCGGCAACAAUCCUCAGAUGAUGACUUGAAGGAAUAUAUUGACUCUCAUAAUGGAAGAAUAAAGAGAAAAGCUGUCUUUGGGGAUGACUUUGACCAUAACCACUUGAAGGAUUUGAGUGAAGAUGAUGAUUCAGAUGAGAAUUCAUCUUCUCAUUCAGAUGCUUCAGAGGAUUGGGAGGAUCAUCACACAGAUGGAGAUGAGAUGGGAAAUGCUGCAAAGUGGAAAGAGUCCUUGGCAGCGAGGGCAAUCUCAAGAAAAAAUGCUAAUCUGAUGCAACUUGUAUAUGGGAGACCUGAAACAGUGCCUAGCACAACCAAGGAAGCUCAAGCUAGCCAUGAGGAUGAGGAAAGUGAUGAUGAUCAAUUGUUUAAGCCAAAAGGAGAAGGAAAAAAGGAAUCAAGUGGGGUGGACGGUAAUAAUGCCAAUACUGAUGAUUGUUCCAAGUUCUCAAAUCAUUCUAGUGUUAAAAACUGGAAAGAAGAAGGGUUGAUCGAAAGCAUACGUGACCGUUUUGUUACUGGAGACUGGUCGAAGGUUGCUCGCAGAGGUCAAGCCUCAGAAGCUAGCAGUGAUGGAAGUGAUGAUGAUGGUGUAUUUGGUGAGUUUGAAGACUUGGAAACGGGUGAGAAGUUUGAGAGCCAUGCAAGAAGUAACGUCAGUAAUGAUUCCCCCAUGGACAAUGAUGCUGAAGCUGAAGAGAGGAGGCGUAAGAAGAUUGCUUUACGUGCAAAAUUUGAUGCUAAAUAUGAUGCACCUGAAUCACCUGAUGAGGAUGCUGAAACUGAAGAAGGUGGCAAUUAUCAUCGGAAACAUGGUAAUGAAGGUGGAUUUUUUGAUAAGCUGAAGGAGGAUAUCGAGCUUCGGAAACAAAUGAAUAUAGCCGAACUUAAUGAUCUCGAUGAUGCUACUCGGGUAGAAAUAGAGGGCUAUAGAACAGGAACUUACUUAAGAUUGGAGAUUCAUGGUGUUCCUUUUGAAAUGGUAGAAUAUUUUGAUCCAUACCACCCUGUUCUUGUUGGAGGAAUUGGACUAGCGGAGGAAAAUGUUGGAUACAUGCAGGUGCGGCUGAAGCGGCAUAGAUGGCACAGAAAGGUACUGAAGACUAGAGAUCCUAUAAUUGUUUCCAUUGGAUGGAGACGCUACCAAACUACACCUGUUUAUGCCAUUGAGGACCGCAAUGGACGCCAUCGUAUGCUUAAAUACACUCCUGAGCACAUGCAUUGCCUUGCCAUGUUUUGGGGUCCUCUUGCACCACCGAAAUCUGGGGUAGUUGCUGUGCAAAAUUUAUCAAAGCAGGCAUCAUUUAGGAUCACAGCAACUGCAACCGUAUCGGAGUUCAACCAUGCAGCUCGAAUAGUGAAAAAGAUCAAGCUGGUUGGUUACCCCUGCAAGAUUUUCAAGAAGACAGCACUUAUCAAGGACAUGUUCACUUCAGAUCUUGAAAUAGCCAGGUUUGAGGGUGCAGCUGUCAGAACUGUGAGUGGAAUCCGCGGGCAGGUGAAGAAGGCUGCAAAAGAAGAGAUUGGCAACCAACCCAAAAGAAAGGGAGGGAAUCUUAAAGAAGGGAUUGCAAGGUGUACCUUCGAGGACAGAAUUCUGAUGAGUGACAUUGUUUUCUUGCGUGCAUGGACUCAAGUUGAGGUUCCUCAGUUUUACAAUCCAUUGACGACAGCCUUGCAACCUCGUGGCAACACUUGGCAAGGAAUGAAAACUCUGGCUGAAUUAAGAAGAGAACACAAUCUUCCGGUGCCAUUUGACAAGGAUUCACUCUACAAGCCAAUUGAGAGGAAGCCAAGGAAGUUCAACCCGUUGGUUAUUCCCAAGUCAUUACAGGCAGCUCUUCCAUUUGCCUCAAAGCCCAAGGAUACUCCAAGUCGAAGGCGCCCACUUCUUGAAAAUCGGAGGGCUGUAGUCAUGGAACCUCAUGAGCGAAAAGUUCAUGCGCUUGUUCAACACCUUCAGCUAAUUAGACAUGAGAAGAUGAAGAAGCGGAAGCAGAAGGAAAAGGAGAAGAGGGAAACGUACUUGGCAGAGAAGGCAAAGGAAGAGCAGCUGUCCAAGAAGAGGAAGAGAGACGAACGGCGGGAAAGGUACCGCGACCAAGACAAGCAACGUAGUAGUAAGAGAAUCAGGAAAGCUGAUUGAAUGAAUUGAUAAUUGGUUGGUUGGAGCAGUUUGUCAACAAAAGAGGUGGCCUAGUUUUGUUUUUGUCUCACCCUCGGCCCAGCAGCAGCAGCUCUUUUAGUUGUUGGGUUGGGUAAUAGUAGUAGUAGUAGUAGUCGUCAUCCUCCUCGUCUUAGUGAUCUUCAGUGGUGGGAUGAUGUAUGGAUUUGUAUUUAUAUAGCUGUUUUUCGUCUGAAUAA